CCUGUCCUGUCUGUCUGUGUGUGUGUAGCCAGCCGCUGCUUCGCUGUCAUCGGCAGUGCUAGCAAUAGCUCCAUUUUCUUUCUAAAAAAGGAAACUAAAUCUUUCAUAUUUCAUUAUGAAUUGCUUUAAAAAACCUAAUAUAUUAAGUCAUAACUUCUUAGGAUGCAUUCUUAUUUUGUUGUGCCACAGUUUUUACAACCCUACCGAUAGCGGAGCUGUAUCGAUAACAAAGAAUAACUUGGAUAUGGUUUUAGCUUCCAAUGAAGUUGUAUUCAUAAACUUUUAUGCAGAAUGGUGUAGGUUUAGCAACUUGUUAAUGCCUAUUUUUGAUGAAGCCGCUGAUGAGAUUGCCAAACAGGGUUAUGACCCAGGUAAAGUUGUCAUGGGGAAAGUGGAUUGUGAUAAAGAAGCAUCUAUAGCCACAAGAUUCCAUAUUACUAAGUAUCCUACUUUGAAAUUAUUCCGAAAUGGGAUGCCUGCUAAAAAGGAGUAUAGAGGUGCACGAAAUGUGGAAGCCUUCUCAGAGUACAUCAAGAAACAGCUCAUUGAUCCAGUGCAGGUGUUUGGAGCACUUAAGGAGCUUCAUAAUUUGAGCGAGGACAAAAGACACAUUAUUGGUUACAUGGACAGGAGGGAUCAACCGGAGUACGACGUCAUGAGAAAAGUAGCAUCCAAUUUGAAAGAUGAUUGUCAGUUUCAUGUCGGUUUUGGAGAUGCAUCACAGCAAAUGCAUCCUCCAGGUCAACCAAUUGUCGUAUUUAGAGCUGACAGAAAGACCUCAACGGAGCCCGAUGAGACUUACCCGGGGUCUUUGACCAAUAUGGAAGAAUUUAGUACAUGGGCGCAGGAGAAAUGCAUUCCCCUUGUGCGUGAGAUUACCUUUGAAAAUGCCGAGGAGCUAACAGAAGAGGGCCUGCCGUUCCUCAUACUCUUCCACCACCCCACUGACACGGAAAGUGUUAAGAGAUACAAGGAGAUUGUUGUGCGAGAAUUGAGCGGUGAAAAACAGAACAUUAACUUCUUGACUGCCGACGGGGUGCGUUUCGAGCAUCCGCUCCACCACCUGGGGAAGUCUGCCUCGGACUUGCCACUCAUUGCCAUUGACUCCUUCCGGCACAUGUAUCUAUUCCCCGACUACAAAGAAAUGGAGAAGCCGGGCCGAUUGUUUCAGUUCUUACAAGAUUUGUACUCUGGAAAAUUACACAGAGAGUUCCACUACGGUCCAGAUCCAGCUCAAAUUUCGAACAAUGCUGAUGUCAAAGUGACCACUCCUCCAGAAUCUACCUUCAAGAAAUUAGCUCCUUCCAAAAACAGAUACACCCUGCUAAGGGACGAAUUAUAAGGUUAUUGUGUUUAGAUCAUGCAAUUUAGUUUAUCAUUAUUAAGAAGCCACUCCAAAUAUUUACUUAAAAUACAUUCUAGAUUAUGAUUUGUUUGUAACAAAAUCGUCGAGGUGGAGAAUGAAUUUUUUAAUAGCUUUUUUAUUAUUUUUUUCGGAAAUAUUGAAAUUAAGUGUCAUAUAUUUUUUUAACUACUUCUGAUCUGUUUUCCUUCUCUGUGCUGUUUGGUCUUUAUUAGUGUUUAUAGAAUACUGAAAAACUAUUUUAUAAAAUUAUUACAUACUUGUAUAUUCAAAUAAGCUUAGUUAAGUUUAUACCUAGCGGUGUAGUUUCCGGCACAGAAAAAAAUUCUUGUGAUGUCGUUGGAGACAACUGAAGGAAAAGAAGUAGCGUAUUAAAGAUUUCCAAGUCGUAACUAACCCUAACCAACAACCAUAAAAACAUUCUUCAUAAUUUGAAGUAAAAAAUACAUAUUGUCUUUGAUAGACCCCGAGCCAUUACUAUUUAUAUUACUAUAAAGAUAAUGAAUAAUUUUCAAACGCUUUGAUGAGAAAAGAUAUUGGUAUAUUGAGAUGCAGGUGUGACUGCAGUUUAGGUUUAGAACUUCGGCAAAUCAGAAAUAAUUAGAGUUUUAAUAUUUAUAUUGUUCAUUUUUCCGUUGCGGAAUGAAGAACACUCGUUUCUAAACCUAAAUAAUUAUGAUUAAUUAUGAAACUCCUACAUAUUUCUCAUAUUAAAAUAAAUAUAUAGUACUCAUAUGAUGUUGUGGGUAGUACGAAAUUAAAUAAUUAUUAUCUCUUAUUUUUCUUUGUAUUAUAAUUUUUCAGUUAUUUUUCAUUUCUGAAAUAUUUGUGAGACCGUCCGCAGGUUAUGUAGAAAAGUUAAUAAAAUUCUGGUGUCACUUAACGUAUUCUUCCAUUUACCUUUAACGCAAUAAUAACAUUUAAGUAUCUAGCAAGCUUUUAUUAAGAAUUUAUAUUUCUAAGUCAACUUGAUUUAAUAUACUUUUACUCGAUAUUAAAAUAACUGAUAAUCAUGCCUAAUUCAAUUAAAAUACGGAAGUUAUGAAUUAUGCAAGUAAAAGUAAUGUGAUGAGUAUAUUAACGUUAACGUUUAUGUACGAUUACCUUCAUUAUUAUAUAUUCUUUCCGUAUAUUUAUCUGUACCUUUUACGGCUUUUUAUUAUUUCCCUAACUUCAGUGAUGCUAUCUCAUCUAGGUGCCAGCAAAACAGAACAGAUUUAUAAAGUAAACAAAGCUAAUCACGGUACUGUAUUUUAAAUUCAUACAUUUGUAUGACUGAAAUAUUAAGAUAGUAUUAAAACAAAAAAGCCUAUACCGUCUCUUGAAUAUUAACGUUUAAAUUUUAAGUCAAACUAUGAUGUCUUACAUCUGAGGCAGAGUGUCAUUUGAACACAGGAGUCUUUAUACUACUCAGGUAUACAUAGACUUCAGUGGGUUGGAAUUUUGAAACAUUUACAUAAGUUUCAAUAUUGAAAAGAAAUAAAGAAUAAAUUAUUGUAUCGCUGAAUUUUACCUAAUUAGAAUUUGAGAUAACAUUCCGCGUUGUAAGUUAUCGAACCUAACUUAAUAUGUAUGAUAUGAAAUGAUUGUACAAAAUGUAUGUUCUGUGACGUGUGUUGUAAUAAAUUUUUCGAUCCUUA